CCAAAAUGGCUGAAAAAGAGGUGGAAGAUCCCAAAAAGAAGCGUGUCAGGCAACCACCUUCAAUACCGUUUCUUUGGGAAGAGAGGCCUGGAAUGCCCAAAAAGGACUGGAAGGACAACGCUUCCUCGUCUAGGCCAGUUCCACCACCAGCCAAGCUAGUUGCUUCAAUCCCCUUCACAUGGGAGGAAAAACCAGGAAAACCACUCACCUCUAUCUCACAGCCACCGACAGAACCCAAGACACCGACCACAAACACAAACCUCGUUGGCCCACCAUUGCCUCUACCCCCCUCCCAUUGCCUAGAAGCUGAUGGUUCUUACAGAGAUUUUAGCGACAAUGAUGGUGAUGGUGACUCAAAUGAUGAAACAUCUGAGUUGGAUGGUGAACCAUUUCUCUUUGAAACGAAUGAUAAUUCAUUUAGUUCCCCACCCUCUGUCCUGGUGAAUCUCUUUUUGUCGUCUACGACGAUCUCCACAGCCAUUCCGGUGCAAAUGAUCUACUCGAGGGGCGAUGCUGGUCCAGAGAUUCAAUCCUGUCCUUCAUCACCAGCUUCAGACUCUAAGAGUAGCACAAGCAGUUCUGCGUCUGGAACUUCAAGCCUUGUGGGUGCUUCCUUCUUGGAAUGCCUCUUUCCAAUACUUCCACCGAACUCUGGUUUCGUAGAAAAAGUUGAGUCCUCUGAGAGACAGCUUUCUAGUGUAACAGAGCUAAAUGGUACAACUGAGGAUAGAGAAAGUAAUAGCAGCCUCAUGGUAAGACGACCGAGGACUCUAGGGGAGCUAAUGCUGAUGAGCCGGAGGAUGAGUUGCAGGAGGAAAGCUGUCAACAUGAGAAAACAAAACCUGUCAAUGGAAUUUUCAAGACAGAGUGCUUUUGGAUGCGGCAUCUUUGGAUCAGGCAGCAACAUGCUCAAAGGUUUGAGUUGCAGGCGUCAGUUAAGAUUGAAGCUGGUUUGAGGUCAUAAAGACGAAAGCUAAACUAAAU